GUUCCGGAUUUCGACUCUCUGAAACAUGUCGAAGGGGCUGGCUACAAGGGAUGUGCCUGGGGCGUCUUCGAUAGACCGGGCCAAAAAGACGAGCUCGGGACGUUGAAUCUGAUAACCCCAGCUCUGGUGGCCAGAGCUGCCAAGGAAGAGAUAAUUGACGGUGACAGACUAUCCCUCGACUGGGGACUCGAGAAGCUCCAAUUUCCCGCCUUUGGACGCAAGCUCCCCGAGCACAAGCUCAUUGACCUGGUGCCACUUCUCGACUUUUGCGGACACGACGAGCAGAUAUCCUUCAGCCCGCAGACAGGCUCCCAUUGGAACACACCGUUGCAUGUCGCACUUCAAUCGUGGGAACCUCAAAGGUCAAAACAAUACUACAACGGGUUGAGACACGACGAUUUCAAGGCCAGGAAUGAAUUGAACCACGGCAUUCGCAAUGUGCAUAAACAAGGAGGCAUCUGUGGACGAGGUGUAUUGCUUGACUGGGCAGCGUGGGCGGAGAAGCAUGGCAAGGAGCGUGAUCCACUGCUGAGAAGGCGAAUCCCGGUGACGGAGUUGGAGGCCGUGGCAAAAGCUCAAAACGUUGUCUUUAGAGCUGGUGAUAUCUUGUGUAUUCGAUUGGGCUUUACCGCGUGGUACAACGAUGCCAGCCAAACCGACCGCAAGAGGGUCGCCGCCGAAGGGACAGAGUUCCUGGGAAUAGAGGCAAACGAGGAAUCCUUCAGAUGGCAUUGGAACAACCAUUUUGCCGCCGUCGCGACAGACAGUUUAACUUACGAAGCAUGGCCACCGUCAACUCCAAACCUCCACGAAUACUUGCUGGCAAUGUGGGGAUCCAUGAUUGGAAAGCUGUGGGACUUGGAGGAAUUGGCGAAUCUCUGUGCAAAGAAGAAAAGGUGGACAUUCUUCUUGGCCAGCGCGCCACUGAAUGUAGAUUCCGGGAUAACUUCGCCGGCGAAUGUUUUGGCUCUUUUCUAA